AUGGCUACCCCCAGUGUCCUCGCCUUUGACGCUGAGGGCAGAGCCAUUGACUUUGACGUGUGGGUAGACGACCUACUGCUUUUCCUACAGUGCGACAGAGCUGACGGACUCUCUCUCUUUGAUCUCACUUCUGGUGCCUCUCCCGCCCCUGCUGCUACUGAGGAUGCCACUGUUCGCUCACAGUGGGCCACACGCGAUGCUGCUGCACGUCUUGCUGUGCGUCGCCACCUCCCUCCCGCUGAGCGUGCGCACUUUGGGUCGUACAAGAGUGCUAAGACCCUGUACGACGCCGUUAUCGCACGCUACUCCACCCCAGCCACUGCUGCACUGAGCCGCCUCAUGCUACCGUACCUCUUUCCCGACCUUGCUGCUUUUGCCACAUACUUCACUCUCUACUACAUUGUCACCCGCCUCCCUGACUCCCUUCGCGGAGUCAGGGACGACCUACUCGCAGUCUGCCCCACCACUCUCACUGUCGAGAUCCUCGAGAGGUCCCUCCUCGCAGCCGAGAAGAGCAUUCUCGCUGUAGGGGCCUCUCGUGGUGACCCGCGCACCCCCAUCUUUGAGGGGUGUUCCCCCUCCCCCCUCCUGCCCUCUGUCGCCUCUGCUGCUACGGCCGACCUUGUUGGUUUUGAGUCGGUCGGAGCGGCGUCUGCCCCCAGCGGGAGACGUCGCUCUGGCAAGAGCAAGGGGGGCAGGGGCGGUGGUGGAGGCGGCGGGGGCGGUGGAGGCGGAGGUAGAGGCAGCGGCGGAGGUGAGGGUGGUAGCGGGAGUAGUGGCGGGAGUGGAGGUGUCGGCGGAGGCAGUGGAGGCGGGGGCGGCAGCGGCGGUGGUAGUGGGGGUGGAGGCGGAGGCGGCGGUGGCGGCGGCGACGGUGGGAGUGGCGGUGGCGGUGGAGGUGGUGGCGGCGGCGGCGGAGGAGGCGGCGGGGGUCGUGGCGCGCCGAGGAGGAGUGGCUCCGGUGGUGGUCAGCGCCAGCAGCAGCAGCGUGGUCAGGAGACCCUCUCCCCGCAGCAGCUCCGUGAGUGGUACUCUGCGCGUCAGCGGGGUGGGGGUACUGGUCCGUGCACUUACGUCCUACGCACUGGCGACCGUGCGGGUGAGCAGUGUGGUGGUCCACACUCCACCCAGCGUUGCUUCGGCCGCCUGACUGACGCUUGGCGCCGCCAAUUUCCUGACGCCUCUGAGAUCCCUCGCUGGGACCAGCUGUCUAGGGCUGGAGUAGCUAUCUUUGAUCUUGACUUUGAUGCUAUUCUUGCUGCUAUGUAUGCUGUGACUAUUAGUGAGGAGGGUGACUGUUACCGGUGUUUCCCGCCCGACCCGGGCAUUGGUACUGCGGCUCUAGGUGCUGUUGAGGCUGCUGCUCCAGGGGCUGGUGAGGCUGUUGGUCUAGGUGCCAGUGAUUCUGAGUCCUCAGGUGCUGGUGAGUCUGCUCUCUCAGGUACUGUGUCGACUUCACCCUCUCUCACUUUCACUCUUGACUCCGGGGCGUCUCGCUCCUUCUUUCGAGACCGCACCACACUCACGCCGCUUAGUCGGCCAGUGGCGGUCUCCUUGGCAGACCCCUCUGGGGGUCCUGUUCCGGCUCGCUACUCCACUGUCCUGCCGUGCCCUGCGGCCCCGUCUGGCGCCCUGUCCGGUCUCUACCUCCCCUCGUUCUCUACGAACUUGGUGGCGGGUGCUGACCUACAGGAUGCAGGGGUUGACCAGUUCACCCCUGCGCGCCGACGAGUCACCCACUGCACGGACGCGGACACGGGUCGACACCUGACCACAUUCACACGUGGUCCAGGGUCGAGCCUGUACACACUCACUGUUCCGUCUCCUUCUCCUGCGUCUGGUCAGGUAGCUGCGUCGGGUCAGGUGUUUGCUGCAGCGUCCAGGUCUGGUCCUGAGUCUGCCCCUUGCUCGUGUCGCCUCCUGUCCCACGAGACCCUCCUGUGGCACCACAGGAUGGGUCACCCCUCCCUGCCUCGUCUCCGGGGCAUGGCCUCUCGCCUUCUUGUCCCUGGCCUCCCCCGGUCCCUCCCUCCCCUUCCUCCGGGGCCUGGCCCUCCCUGUGUCCCCUGUGUCGAGGGUCGCCUGCGGGCUACCCCUCACUCCUCCCCGUUCCCUCCGACGGAGGCCCCAAUGCAGACGCUUCACAUGGACGUGUGGGGCCCAGCCCGCGUCCGUGGACAGGGUCACGAGCGCUACUUCCUGCUGGUGGUUGACGACUACACGCGUUACACCUCAGUCUUCCCCUUGCGCAGCAAGGGUGAGGUCACUGAGGUGUUGAUCGACUGGAUCCGCGCAGCUCGUCUCCAGCUCAGGAAGAGCUUCGGCUCAGACUUUCCUGUUUUCCGCCUGCACUCGGACAGAGGCGGAGAGUUCUCCUCCGGCCUUCUGCGAGCCUACUGUCGGGCACGAGGCAUCCGCCAGACCUUCACGCUUCCGGACUCUCCACAGCAGAAUGGGAUUGCUGAGCGCCGCAUCGGCAUUGUCAUGGACGUCGCCCGUACGUCCAUGGUGCAUGCGGCUGCCCCCCAUUUUCUGUGGCCGUUUGCGGUUCGGUACGCCGCGCAUCAGAUCAACCUUCACCCCAGGGUCUCUCGGCCCGCGAUGUCCCCAGUCUUGAUGUGGACGGGGAAGGUUGGCGAUGCGUCGGCAUUCCGUGUCUGGGGAUCUCGGGCGUUUGUCCGCGACUUGUCUGCGGACAAGCUGUCCCCUCGUGCUGCUCCCUGUGUCUUCCUUGGCUUCCCCCCUGACGCCCCAGGGUGGCAGUUCUACCACCCCUCCUCUCGUCGUGUUCUGUCCUCCCAGGACGUCACGUUCGACGAGUCAGUCCCCUUCUACCGCCUCUUCCCCUACCGCACUCCUUCCCUCCCCCCUCCACCGGACUUCCUUGUGCCGGUUCCCCCCCCGGUAGACCCCCUCCCCCCUCAGGUUCCUGCUCCCUCAGGUGUGUCCCAGGUAGAAGCCGUUGACCCGGUCGAGGUUACUUGUGACUCUGGUGCUGCUGCGGGUGUUGGGCGUGGGGGUGCCGCCUCUGGGGGUGCUGUGCGCGGGGGUGCCGGGCCUGGAGGUGCUGCCACUGGGGGUGCUGAGCCUGGGGGUGCUGGGCCUGAGGGUGCUACUGCGGAGGGUGCUGAGCCUGGGGGUGCUGAGCCUGGGGGUGCUGAGCCUUGGGGUGCUGAGACUGGAGGUGCUACGCCUUGGGGUGCUGAGCCGGGGGGUGCUGUGUCAGGAGCUGCUGAGCCUGGGGGUGCUGAGUCUGGAGCUGCUGCGCCUGGGGGUGCUGCGUCUGGAGCUGCUGAGCCUGGGGUUUCUCCUGCUGCUGCGUCUCGCCGGGAGCCCCUCUCUCCACAGGAGCUGCGCGAGUGGUUUGCUCGCCGCUGGAGGCGUGCUGCUGGAGCUGGAGCUUCUUCGACUGUCGAGGGUGCUGGUCCUGCCGGUCCCGGAGCUGCUGGGCCUGCGGGUCCUACUGGAGCUGGAGCCACUGAGGGUGUUGGUGCUGAGACAGCUGCUGUCUGUCCUGGCGGUGGUUCUGCUGCUGGUGCUGCUGGAGGUCCUGCUGCUGGAGGUGCUGGUGGCGCUGGUGCUGUCGCUGAGGGUGCUGGUGCUGUACCUGCUGAGUCUGGAGUUGCCGCGCGGCCUCGGCCGUACUUCGUUCCGCUCCUGCAGCAGGUUCUUGGUCUUUCUCCUCCGGUAGAGUGUCCACAGCCUGUCCAGUCGCAGUCCCUGUUGGAGCCUUCCUCUCCACUGCCUGCUCCCUCUCCUUACACUGGUCCUACUGGAGGUCUUGCUGAGCGUCGUGAGCCUGCGUCUCGUCCUGCGUCGCCUGUUCGUGCUGCUCGCACUAGUGGUCGCGGUUCGCGUCAGCGUCCUCCUCCUGUCCCUGGCACGCACCGGAUGUCUCUGCGUCCGUCCACUGCUCCUCUGCGUGCCCCUUUGCCUUCUCCUCCUGAGUCCUCUCUUCCUGCGCUUGCCGACCCUGAGUCGGACUCUCUUCGUGCUGCCAGUCCUACUGUCACGCGUCUCCUUGCUACUGUCGUCACUGACCCCUCGUUUGAGUCCACUGCUGCGUCUGCCCUUGUCGCUGAGCUCGUCGACUUUGCUGCUCGCUGUCGUCUAGACUACGCUGCUAGUCUUGUUUCUGAGUCAGCGUCUGACUGUCCUCCGUCCGUCGGGGGUGACUGUGCUCUUGGCACGGACGGCCUAGAGGACAGGCAGGAGGAGUUACAGUGUCUGGCGGCUGCUUCACCUCAUCUCGCGUCUGUACUGCUUUCUCCUGAGGGAGACCCGGAUGCACUAGACAUCCCGACUCCGCGCUCUUACGCGGAGGCCGUAGAGGGUCCCUACUCGUCUCAGUGGCAGGCAGCUAUGGAUGCAGAGAUGGCUUCCUGGAAGUCCACAGGCACCUACGUUGACGCAGUUCCCCCUCCUGGGGCGAACAUCGUCAGUGGCAUGUGGAUCUUCAGGGUGAAGCGGCCGCCGGGCUCUCCACCUGUCUUCAAGGCGCGGUACGUUGCUCGUGGCUUCAGUCAGCGGCAGGGAGUUGACUACUUUCAGACCUUCUCACCCACCCUGAAGAUGACCACUCUUCGGGUGCUGCUGCACAUAGCCGCUCAGCGCGACUACGAGCUUCACUCUCUCGACUUCAGCACUGCGUUCCUGCAGGGUAGCCUGCACGAGGAGAUCUGGCUGCGCCGUCCACCUGGCUUCACUGGGACUUUCCCUCCUGGCACCCAGUGGAGCCUCCGACGGCCAGUCUACGGUCUCCGCCAGGCACCGCGUGAGUGGCACGACACACUGAGGACUACGCUUGCGGCUCUUGGGUUCGCUCCUUCUACUGCUGACCCGUCGCUGUUUCUGCGCACCGACACUUCUCUGCCGCCGUUCUACAUCCUCGUGUACGUCGACGACUUGGUCUUUGCCACAGCGGACACUGCUGGACUUGCCUACGUGAAGUCCGAGCUGCAGAAGAGACACACGUGCACAGACCUGGGUGAACUGCGCAGCUACCUUGGUUUGCAGAUCACUCGGGACAGAGCACGCCGCACCAUUACCUUGACUCAGUCACACAUGGUGCAGCAGGUCCUUCAGCGCUUCGGCUUCACGUACUCCUCGCCUCAGGCCACUCCUCUGUCUACUCGCCACUCGCUCUCAACUCUGCCUUCGGAUGAGUCCGUAGAGUCGAGUGGCCCGUACCCAGAGCUUGUUGGCUGCCUCAUGUACCUGAUGACCUGCACACGACCUGACCUUGCAUACCCUCUGAGCAUUCUUGCACGCUAUGUUGCUCCUGGGAGACACCGACCAGAGCACAUGGCUGCAGCGAAGAGGGUGUUGCGCUACCUGUGCAGUACGUCGGGCAUGGGGCUAGUGCUUAGAGGGCGGAGUCCAGUGGUCCUUACAGGGCACGCGGACGCUUCUUGGGCUGACGACCAGGCUACGCAGCGGUCGUCACAGGGUUACACCUUCAGUCUUGGUUCCGGCUCUGUCUCGUGGCGGGCUACUCGCUCGUUUUCGGUUCUCAGCUCCAGUUGUGAGGCUGAGAUCUACGCUGGGGCCAUGGCUGCACAGGAGCUUCGCUGGCUCACCUACCUGCUGACUGACCUUGGAGAGCCGCCUCGUUCUCCUCCAGUGCUGUACGUAGACAACAAGGCCAUGCUGGCCUUGUGUCGAGAGCAGCGUCUGGAGCACAGAACGAAGCACAUUGCUCUUCGCUACUUCCUUGCUCGUGAGCUGCAGCAGCGUGGACAGUUGCGGCUUGCGUACGUGGCCUCUGAGGCCAACACUGCUGAUGUGUUCACCAAGGCACUCGCGCCUUGUGACCAUCAGCGCCUCUUCACCCAGCUGGGUCUUGUGCCUGUCUUGCCUCACUUGCUCUCCUCUUGA